AAUGCACCUGAUAACGUGGGAUUACGGGCGCAUCCUCUUUCUCUGAGUGACAUUCGUUCUUGUGGAGCAAACGCACAGAGUGGAAAGCUGCCCUUCAGUACCAUUUUAAAAUGAGGCUGUGUCAUUUUAUUUUGACAAAAGUAUUUCCAUUCACUCUUUCAGUUUGGUUGUCAAAGGGAGGGGAGGUGGACACUGGGGGAAGGGAAGCAAGGGACAGAUGGGACUGACACAUGGUCCCUGUCAGCCUCCUUUUCUCAGACCCCUCCCCUCGCAGAUUCUGUUUAAUCUGACUGGAUAGAAUCGAGUGAGAGGAUGGGGGAGGGCACUGGGCAUUUGCCACCAUCUCUCUCUCUUUUCUGGCAACACCCAACAGAGCCGUAAUGCCAAAGCACGCAGGAUGUGGGGGGAAAAAGAGGACUUCUUCCCAAGUGGGGCUGUCCUGAGAGAGCUGCUGAUGUGAUCUGAAGUGGCACUCAUGCUGAGGUUUUCACUUGCAGAGAAUGUAGCCCAAUUAGAUUUAUUGCUAAUCCAUCAUAAGGAGAGCGCAGGCAAAACCUGCUGCAGGACAGAGCUGCAUGUUCGUUCUUUCUUCCUUUUUUUUUUUAUUAUUAUUUUUUUCUUAUCAAGAGCUUCUGGCCUGUUUUAACUGCUGUCUACUUUAAGGAUGUGACAGUGCGAACUUUGGAGACACUCUGGGCAAAACAGGUUUUGGUGGAGAUUCAUGGCAAAAUGCAGAGUCGUAGUGGGUGACCAAAAGCAAUUUGGAGGCACAAUGUCUGCCAACCAGAGCAUGAACCGUCGCAGCGUCUACAAUUACUUCCUCAACAUGGUGGCCUAUCAGAUAUGCUGCUGCUGUGGGCCUGCUCCCUGCUCGCUCUGCUGUGCCUUCUGUCCUCCAGUCAAAUCGUCCACUAGUACACGGGUCAUGUACACCAUCUUUCAUAUCAUGAGCUGUGCUGUGUCCUGUCUCAUGCUGUCACGCACCGUCUCUGAACUCGUAAGGGAAAAUGUGCCUUUCUUCAACGUGGUGUGUGAUCAGGCACAUGGUGGAGGUCAUUGUGAAAUGCUCGUAGGCUACUCAGCAGUCUACAGAGUCUGCUUUGGCACUUCUUGUUUCUACCUAAUGAUGGCCAUCUUCCUCGUAGAUGUGAAGUCGAGUCAGGACUUCAGAGCACUCAUACACAAUGGUUUCUGGUUCCUGAAACUUAUCACCUUGCUUGGAAUGUGUGCUGCUGCCUUCUUCAUCCCAACAGAGUCAUUCCUCCAUGCUUGGCAUUACGUUGGCGUGGUGGGAGGAUUUGCCUUCAUCCUCAUCCAACUUAUCCUCAUCACAGCUUUUGCACACACCUGGAACAAAAACUGGCUUACUGGAGCAGCAGAAAAUAAACGUUGGUAUUUGGCAGUGAUGUGCGCCACCCUUUUCUUUUACACCAUCGCCACGAUGGCCUUCUGCUUCAUGUACAAAUACUACACACACCCCAUCGCUUGCCCGUUCAACAAAGCCCUGCUGUGGAUCAACUUGGGACUCUGCUGCCUCAUGUCCUUCAUUGCUGUCACACCAUGCGUAAAACAGAAACAACCUCGAUCGGGGCUCCUUCAGGCCUCCAUCAUCAGCUGUUAUGUCAUGUAUCUCACUUUUUCUGCAUUGUCUAGUCGCCCUCCUGAAAAAGUUGUGUAUCAGGGCAUGAACAUGACGGUAUGCUACCCCAGUGUGGGGCAAGAUGGCAUCCAGAAUGAGGGCAAUGCUGUAGCCAUCAUCGGCGCGGCAAUCAUGUACUGCUGUGUUCUUUUCGCAUGCAACGAAGCGUCCUACCUUGCAGAGGUGUUUGGUCCAUUUUGGAUGAUCAAAGUUUACCGUUAUGAGUUCCAGAAAGCCACCUGCUGUUUUUGCUGCCCCGAAGAGGAGGAAGUCGAGGAAGAGUUCGUUGUUGAUGAUGACCACAAGGGCUGUCAGAAGGUUAUUCAUAAUGAGACGCAGAGAGUGGCCUACAGCUACUUCUUCUUCCAUUUUGUCUUUUUCUUGGCCUCGCUCUAUGUUAUGAUGACCCUCACCAAUUGGUUCAGCUAUGAGUCGGCAGUGCUAGAGACCACCUUCACCCACGGGAGCUGGUCUACGUUUUGGGUGAAAAUGUCAUCGUGCUGGGCCUGUGUGAUCCUCUACCUCUGGCUGCUGCUGGCCCCCUUGUGCAGCUGCCAAAAUGAUUCCAGACCUCGCCGAUCCCGCAUCAAACGUCGCUCUCCAUCCUCCCGUCACGUCACGGUCAGCGUCUGAUAAACAGCACAGCGGACGCGAGGUCGCUCACAUGAGUCCAUUCCUCUUCAGGGAUGCCCCGUCGAGGUAUCACGGGAUGGAGGUCACAUGGUUCACAGGUCAAAGACUCACUUUGCUGUGAGAUGGUUUAAUCAGUGAACCAAUAUGACUUCAUGUUAACGCCUGAUGUCAGAAGCUUAAUGAAGACUUGACUGUACAAAUUGCCAAAGUGAACAGAAGUGGUGAACUGUUACUCGAUAUGGUGAUAGAAAAUACAGUGAAUAGAUGAUAGAAUAGAAUGCACACAUUUUGUCACUUAAAGAGAAAUUCCAGAUCAUUGUAGAAAUGCAACACAAGACUUGGCCACUGUCACACUACCAGUCUUCUUUUGUGGUUUUUAAAAAGACAAUAGCAUCACAUUUUUGCUUUGAGCUAGAUAUUGGUCCAAGCUGAUGUUGGUGAUAACAUGUUAUCAUGCUUAUAUGAUGCACAAUAUGUACACCUGUUUACUUUUAUUUUUUUUAAGAUAACUGGUCAUCAAGUUUUCGAUAAAACGUUUUAUACACUUGACACGAUGGACAAAGUUUUUGUAGACAGGCGUUCAUGUGCUUGACACAAAAACGGCUGUAUCUUCAAUUUUUGUUGUUGGCAAGUCCAGUUUACAGUGUUUAGGAAUUUGGUAGACAGUGUUGGGGGUGCUGAUGGACCGAGGGAGUUUUCUAUUACACAUCCCCGGUGUAUCUGACAAUGUGGUGACAGGAACUAGACCAGAACUUAGACCAGGUCCAAGUUGUGAUUUUGGUGGAUUUUAUCCAGGUGCAGACAGAUUCUGAUUUCCGUGGACAUGUGUCCAUUGGAUUUCAUUCCUACUGUAAAUAUGACUAUAGCGUGGGACAAUCUAUACCAGUCAUUGUAGAAAACGAUCAUCUUAAAAAUAUUUUUGCAAGCACCCUCCUGAUUGCAUCACAACCAUGGGUGGAGGUUGUCACAUAGGCUACACAAUCGGGGGUCGAAGGCCAUCUCGAAGUGCCCGCUCCGCAGCAGCCAACUUUACGUCAUCUCUGAGUGAUCUUUUUUUGCAUUUUCUUUUACAUGCAUUCUAAAAUAUACUUCAAGAUCGAUCUCCUGCAUAUUAGGCAUAUUCCAUUCAUGCCCUGCGAGUGGCUGGUAACCAGUUCAGGGUGUCCCCCGCCUACUGCCCGAUGAUAGGCUCCAGCACGCCCGCGACCCCCAUGGG